UUGCAGGGCGAAAUUACUUGUGAAAUCAUAGAGGCGCGCAAGUCAGGCAACUAUAGCACUUUCAUCAUGGGUGUUCUUGCAGCGAUUGCUAAGAAUUUGGAUACGCUGAUCGGGCCCGGAGUGACACUUCUUUAUCCUCUAUAUGCAACAAUGAGGGCAAUAGAGAGCGCUUCCACACUAGACGAUCAGCAGUGGCUUACAUAUUGGGUGAUAUAUUCCUUUAUCAUAUUAUUCGAGUUCUUCUGCUGUAAAUUCCUCGCUUGGAUCCCAAUAUGGCCAUAUGUGAAGUUGUUGUUCUGCAUCUGGCUCGUGUUGCCAACAUUCAACGGGGCAGCCUAUAUAUAUGAUAAUAUUGUGAGAAAAUAUGUGAAGCCCGGGCACUACAUAAAUUGGAGUUCAUCGUCAUCCUCCAAACACCCAGAGGGACAGAAGAAGGUCAUCCAAAUGAUGAGCCUCGACGGAAGGAGGUCGGUGGAGAGUUUUAUCGAUCACCAUGGACCUGAGGCUUUCGAAAGGGUCGUUAAAGCGGCUGAAAGAGAAGCUAGGAAGCACUGAGAUGAUCUAGCUAGUUCGUAAGGAAAGACAUGCAGCUCAGAUCGGUGAACAUAUAUAUAUAUGAGCCAGUAGUCAAAUAUAUACGCAAGUCAAUUCUUUGUUUGUGUAAAGAAUGAACUAAUAGAAGUACAGAACUUUUCUCCUUUUUUAACA